CGUCCCACCUCCUGGUACUUACCUAUGUCGAGCACGCCUCCGCCGCGACCUCCCAACGACGCCUACAAGUCCUGCUCCUCUGCCUCCUCAGCCCCUCGGCUUCGCCGGUUUGGUGGUAGGCUCGGCUGCCCUGGCACUACUUCGACUACCUCGCCGUCUCCAUCUACCACGGCCUCGGCUACAACCACGACUGCACGCCCGAUUCAGAUUUGGACCAGCACUCUCCAGAGAACAAUUUUGACAGCAACUCCAAUUUUUGGAUUUCCAAAGAUACAAUGGCGUGCUCUUGACGAGAUCAAUUCUGGUGUGUGUGAUGGGAUGACAUAUGAAGAGAUAAAGAAAAUUAUGCCUGAGGAAUAUGAGUCACGCAAAAAGGACAAGCUGAGAUAUCGCUACCCCCGUGGGGAAUCUUACCUUGAUGUGAUUCAGAGGUUGGAACCUGUCAUCAUCGAGCUGGAGCGCCAGCGAGCACCAGUGGUUGUUAUAUCCCACCAGGUAAUUUGUGACAUAUGGAAACUUCACUAAUACUGGUUGACAAUUAAAGGUGUAGUUUCUUGUGUCUAUUCACAUGUGCACUUCACUAGUCACUGCUUUGAUAUACUGGUUGGAUGACACUGUAACAAUUUGGUGGUUGCAUUGUAGGCAUCGUCCUAGUGUUUGUGGACUAUAUGAUCUUUAGUUUGAUCUCUUUUGAGUUUGGGUUAAUG